GAUGAUAAAACCGCUGUUAAUUCACUAAUAACUCCUACACCACGCCAACAGAGGUUCCCUUCCCCUUCCGAGAGAAGGCGAGAAUCCCUCUCCUCCCCAACCCUCACUCUCUCCGGCGUCUCCGCCUCCGCGGGGUGCCGAGCACCGACCAAGCAAGGCAUGGAUAGGUACCAAAGGGUGGAGAAGCCCCGGAACGAGACGCCCAUCAGCGAGAAUGAGAUCAGGAUCACCGCGCUGGGACGGAUGAGGAACUACAUCGGCUACGGGAUGUCGUUGCUCGAGGAAAAUGGGCAUGAUGAAAUUAUUAUCAAAGCCAUGGGACGGGCCAUAAAUAAGACAGUCAUGGUUGCUGAAUUGCUCAAGAGAAGGAUUGCUGGUCUACAUCAAAAUACUUCUAUCCAAUCUAUUGAUAUCACAGACACAUGGGAACCUUUGGAGGAAGGCCUUCUCCCGCUAGAGACAACUCGUCAUGUAUCUAUGAUUACCGUAACAUUGUCCAAGAAAGCAUUGGAUACAUCAUCUCCAGGGUACCAGCCACCUAUACCAGUUGAAGAGGUGAAACCUGCUUUUUACUAUGAACAUGAAGGAUCCUUUCCUGCUGCUCGUGGGAGAGGUCAUGGUGGACCUCGUGGUGGACGAAGAGGCAGAGGCAGAGUUAGCAAUGGCCCCCCUGCUUAUGAUUUGGGUGAAGAGUGGGAGGAGGAAGGGGAUUAUUACAACGGUAGAGGCAGAGGGAGAGGUCCACUAAGAGGAAGAGGAAGAGGGCGUGGCUUCUACAGAGGAGGUCGGCGUGGUGGCUAUGGUUAUGAUUACGGUUAUGGUGGCAGGGGUGGCUACUAUGAAGAGCAGGACGAAUACGGUGAUGGUGAACAAUAUGGGUAUCACCCCCCUCCCGGCCGUGGACGUGGCAGGGGCAGAAGAGUGGAGCACAAUGAAUACUUUGAUGGCGAGCCAGAUGAGUAUCAUCCGCCUCCAAGCCGUGGGCGUGGCAGGGGAAGAAGGUUUGAGCAGAAUGAAUACUUCGAUGGUGAGCCAGAUGAGUAUCCUCCUCCUCCAGGCCGUGGGCGUGGCAGGGGAAGAAGGGUGGAGCAAAACGAAUACUUCGAUGGUGAACCAGAUGAGUAUCAUCUCCCUCCAGGCCGUGGUCGUGGCUUUGGAAGAAGGGGAGGACCAUGGCGUGCGCGAGGCCGUGGCCGCGCUCGAGGCUAGAUCAAAGUUGGCAAGCCGAGCACUGAUGUUCUUAAUUAUCUGCUAGUGUUUGCUCCCUGUGUUGUUUCGGUGUGUGGGGCUGUUUGACCUGAACCUUUGUGCCCUUGAGAUGUUACCUCUGUUGAUGAUGUGCGACUUGUUGGGCAAAUUUUGUGGCCUACUCUGUUUUUGUAGGUAGGUCAGUCCGCAAAGUACUCGAACACUAAGUAGUGUAGCAUUCUCUCAUCAGCAUGUGAAGUACCAGUCUCCUGUUUAUUUGCCCCUUUUUUUUUA